UAGCCGACGACACAGCAAUCUCCGCUGGAUGAGCAGGAGAAGCUUCUGGAUGAAGCCGUGCAGGCGGUCAAGGUGCAGUCGUUCCAGAUGAAGCGAUGCCUGGACAAGAACAAGCUGAUGGAUGCGCUGAAGCAUGCUUCCAACAUGCUGGGAGAACUAAGGACCUCCAUGUUGUCGCCCAAAAGCUACUAUGAGCUGUACAUGGCCAUCUCGGACGAGCUGCACUACCUGGAGGUCUAUCUGACGGACGAAUUCGCCAAAGGCCGCAAGGUGGCCGACCUGUACGAGCUGGUCCAGUACGCGGGCAACAUUAUUCCCAGGCUCUACCUGCUGAUCACAGUGGGCGUGGUGUACGUACGCUCCUUCCCGCAGUCUCGCAAGGACAUCCUGAAGGACCUGGUGGAGAUGUGCCGUGGCGUGCAGCACCCUCUCAGAGGCCUUUUCCUCAGGAACUACUUGCUGCAGUGCACCCGCAACAUCCUUCCCGACGACGGCGAGCAGACCGAAGGGUCGGAGGAGAUGACGGGUGACAUUAACGACUCGGUCGACUUUGUGCUGCUCAACUUUGCCGAGAUGAACAAGCUGUGGGUGCGCAUGCAGCAUCAGGGCCACAGCCGAGACCGGGAGAAGCGCGAGAAGGAGCGGCAGGAGCUGCGCAUCUUGGUGGGCACCAACCUGGUCCGCCUAAGCCAGCUGGAGGGCGUCAACGUGGACAAGUACAAGCAGGUCGUGCUUCCCGGUGUGCUGGAACAAGUUGUCAACUGCCGAGACUCGCUGGCGCAGGAGUACCUGAUGGAGUGCAUCAUCCAGGUGUUCCCGGAUGAGUUCCACUUGCAGACCCUCAACCCGUUCCUCCGCUCCUGCGCCGAACUCCAUCAAUACGUCAACGUCAAAAACAUUAUCAUCGCCCUCAUCGACAGACUGGCAUUGUUCGCUCACCGAGAAGACGGACCCGGGAUUCCGGCCGAGAUCAAGCUUUUUGACAUCUUCUCGCAGCAAGUGGCCACCGUGAUACAGUCGCGGCAGGACAUGCCGUCUGAGGACGUGGUGUCCCUGCAGGUGUCCCUCAUCAACCUGGCCAUGAAGUGCUACCCUGACCGCGUGGACUACGUGGACAAAGUGCUGGAGAGCACGGUGGAGAUCUUCAACAAGCUCAACCUAGAACACAUAGCCACGAGCAGCGCCGUCUCCAAGGAGCUGACGCGUCUGUUGAAAAUCCCGGUGGACACGUACAACGACAUUCUGACGGUGUUGCGGCUCAAGCACUUCCCGCCGCUCUUUGAGUACUUUGACUACGAGUCUCGCAAGAGCAUGAGCUGCUACGUGCUCAGCAACACGCUAGAGUACAACACCACAAUCGUGGCGCAAGAGCAGGUGGACUCCAUCUUAAACCUAGUGUCCACGCUGAUCCAGGACCAGCCUGACCAGCCGGCGGACGACCCGGACCCCGAGGACUUUGCCGAGGAGCAGAGCCUCGUGGGCCGCUUUAUUCACCUGCUGCGCUCAGACGACCCCGACCAGCAGUACUUGAUCCUCAACACGGCCCGUAAGCACUUCGGCGCGGGCGGGAACCAAAGGAUCCGAUACACGCUGCCGCCUCUAGUCUUUGCCGCCUACCAGCUGGCAUUCAGAUACAAGGAAAACUCCUCACUGGAUGACAAGUGGGAGAAAAAGUGUCAGAAGAUCUUCUCGUUCGCCCACCAGACCAUAAGCGCGCUGAUCAAGGCCGAACUGGCCGAGCUGCCCCUGCGACUCUUCCUGCAGGGGGCGCUGGCGGCCGGCGAGAUCGGCUUCGAGAACCACGAGACGGUGGCCUACGAGUUCAUGUCGCAAGCUUUCUCGCUGUACGAGGACGAGAUCGGCGACUCCAAAGCGCAGCUGGCCGCCAUCACGCUGAUCAUCGGCACCUUCGAGCGCACCCGCUGCUUUGGCGAGGAAAACCAUGAGCCGCUGAGGACGCAGUGCGCGCUGGCCGCCUCCAAGCUGCUGAAGAAACCCGACCAGUGUCGCGCCGUCAGCAUCUGCGCGCACCUCUUCUGGUCCGGACGCAGCAGCGACAAGAACCAACAAGAGAUCCGAGAUGGCAAGCGCGUGAUGGAGUGUCUGAAGAAAGCGCUCAAGAUCGCCAACCAGUGCAUGGACCCAUCGCUGCAAGUGCAGCUCUUCAUCGAAAUCCUCAACCGAUACGUCUGCUUCUACGAGAGGGAAAACGACGCUGUGACGGUGCAGGUUCUGAACCAGCUGAUUCAGAAGAUCCGGGAGGACCUCCCCAACCUGGAAGCGGGCGAGGAGAGCGAGCAGAUCAACAAACACUUCCAAAACACGCUGGAGCACCUGCGCCUGCAGAGGGAGGCCCCCGAGUCCGAGGGGCCCGUCUACGAAGGACUGGUCCUCUAA